CCCUUCCCUUCACCGCCAAGUUUGAAGACAUCCAAGUUCCCUUUAUUUUUUUUGUUCUUUUUCCUUCUUCAAUUUGCAGAGAACUUCUAAGAGAGAGUUUGGAAGAAGAAGAGAAAUUUUACUAGAAUUUUUAGGUUGAAGAAGAGGAGGAGAACUCAAGCAAAGUGUAUCAAUGGCUGAAUUUUAGUUCAUUCUGCACAUCACUGGUUUUUAAUUCGGUUUGAACUCUUCAAAAGGAAUUAAGAGAAAACAGGGCAGUUGGUUUUCACUCGAAAUCAGGAGGUCUCUGGUUUUUCUUGUAUUUCAGAGUGUAUGGGUGGAGUUAGAAUUUCUAUUUGGAACAAGUUAAAGAGGUCGUGUGCGCGCGAUUCUGGAAGUGGUUCUGUUUUGAGGGUUAUAUGUGUUUAUGAACGGGGAAUCAGAUUUAUAUGUCUUCAGGCCGAGAAGAAUUAAACCGAGCUUAUAGACCAAGGAUCUAGCCCAAGACUGUAGAGAUCGACUUCCCGGUGCCUGAUAGACUGCCUUAGUCUGCGGAAGCUUCAUUAUUGAUUGCCAGAGUCAUGCCACCACGUACUGGUAGACGACGCCGGCAGAAUCAGGACGGGAUGCAAGGUCCUACCCAAGGUCCAUCUGUAGGGGAAUCUAGUACCCUAGGAGUUCGAGGUGGUGCAGGAAACGAGCAGUUUGCGAGAACAACACAGGAAAUAGGAAGGACAGAUAGAGCAGAGCCUAGUGAUCCAGAAAAGGCAUACGGAAUUGAACGGCUGAAGAAGUUAGGGGCUACAGUGUUUGAAGGUUCCACAGAUCCAGCUGAUGCAGAGAACUGGUUGAAUAUGCUUGAAAAGUGUUUUGAUGUGAUGAAUUGUCCUGAGGAGCGAAAGGUUAGAUUGGCCACAUUUUUGUUGCAAAAAGAGGCUGAAGGAUGGUGGAAAUCUAUAUUAGCAAGACGCAGUGAUGCACGUGGUUUAGACUGGCAGACUUUUAGAGGCAUAUUCGAAGAUAAGUAUUAUCCCAGCACAUACUGUGAAGCCAAGAGGGAUGAAUUUCUGGGGUUGAAACAAGGAUCACUUUCAGUGGCUGAGUAUGAGAGGAAGUAUACCGAGCUUUCACGGUAUGCUGACGUUAUUAUAGCUUCUGAGAGUGACAGGUGCCGAAGGUUUGAAAGAGGGUUGCGUUUUGAAAUACGUACCCCAGUUACAGCCAUUGCUAAGUGGACGAAUUUCUCUCAGUUAGUGGAGACUGCCCUUCGUGUGGAGCAGAGUAUAACAGAAGAGAAAUCGGCAGUGGAGCUUAGUCGUGGGACUUCAACAGCUAGUGGAUUUAGAGGCCGUGAGCAGCGGAGGUUCACGCCUGGGAUAAAUAUUUCAAGCCGUCAAGAUUUUAAGAAUCGCUCUGGAGGCCAAGCAUCGAGGAACGUGAGUUAUGGUAGUGUUUUUCAGAGACAGAGCCAGAGAAUACCUAGUCAACCCAUUAGAUCAACAGUAAGAUCGCAACCAGGUCAGGAGUCCAUUGCUAGUACCGUCAGGCGAAUACCAUGCACGAGUUAUGGCAGGAACCAUCGGGGUCAGUGUUUGGUAGGUGCUGGUGUAUGUUACCAGUGCGGACAGCCAGGACAUUUCAAGAAAGAUUGUCCGCAGUUGAACAUGACAGUUCAGAGAGAUCAGGGAGUUGGGUCCCAGACAAUUGAGCAAUCGAGAGUUUCAGUGGUUCCAACAGAGGGCACCAGUGGUGCAAGGCAAAAGGGAGUUGUUGGAAGACCGAGGCAACAGGGAAAAGUCUAUGCUAUGACUCAACAAGAAGUAGAGGAUGCACCAGACGUUAUUACUGGUACGAUUCUUAUUUGUAAUGUACCUGCAGAUGUUUUAUUUGAUCCAGGUGCUACGCAUUCCUUUGUUUCUAGUAUAUUUCUGACUAAGUUGAAUAGGAUGCUAGAGCCUUUAUCUGAGGGGUUAGCUAUAUACACUCCAGUUGGUGACGUUUUACUUGUUAAUGAGGUGUUACGUAAUUGUGAAGUUUUAGUAGAAGGUAUCAGUUUGCUAGUGGACUUGCUACCACUAGAGUUGCAGAGGUUAGAUGUAAUUUUGGGAAUGGAUUUCUUAUUUGCUCAUUAUGCAUCUAUGGAUUGCCAUAGGAAGGAAGUGGUUUUCAGAAAACCAGGCUUUGCUGAAGUGGUUUUUAGAGGUAUGAGGAAGGCCGUUUCUAGAAGUCUAAUCUCAGUUUUGAAAGCUGAGAAAUUACUGAGGAAGGGUUGCACAGCGUUUCUUGCACACAUCGUAGUAGUGCAGAGAGAAAAACUAAAGCCAGAAGAUGUUCCUGUGGUGAAAGAGUUUCUUGAUGUAUUUCCAGAUGAUCUGUCAGGUUUGCCACCUGAUAGAGAGAUUGAGUUCACCAUUGAAUUAUUACCAGGAACAGCACCUAUUUCACAGGCCCCGUAUAGAAUGGCUCCAAGCGAGCUAAAAGAAUUGAAGAUGCAGUUACAGGAACUAGUUGACAAGGGAUACAUCAGGCCUAGUGUUUCGCCGUGGGGAGCACCAGUGCUUUUUGUGAAAAAGAAAGAUGGUACCCUCAGAUUAUGUAUUGACUAUAGACAGCUAAACAAGGUUACAAUACGUAACAAGUAUCCUUUACCACGCAUCGAUGACUUAUUUGAUCAACUAAGGGGAGCAACGUUGUUCUCUAAGAUUGACUUAAGGUCAGGAUACCACCAGUUGAAGGUUAGAGAAUCAGAUAUUGCUAAGACAGCAUUUAGAACGAGGUAUGGGCAUUAUGAGUUUCGAGUUAUGCCAUUCGGUUUAACGAAUGCGCCAGCGGUUUUCAUGGAUCUCAUGAACAGGAUCUUCCAUCGGUAUUUAGAUCAGUUUGUGAUUGUGUUCAUUGAUGAUAUAUUAGUUUACUCAGUUGACAGAGAAUCUCAUGAGGAACAUCUGAGGAUUGUUCUACAGACUCUACGUGAAAAAAAGUUAUACGCUAAGUUCAGCAAAUGUGAGUUCUGGUUGGAACAGGUAGUAUUUUUGGGGCAUGUAGUUUCAGCAAAAGGAGUUAGUGUCGAUCCACAAAAAGUAGAAGCGGUUGUCAAUUGGGAAAGACCAAUUAGUGCGACAGAAGUACGUAGUUUCCUGGGUUUGGCAGGAUACUAUAGGCGUUUUAUUGAGGAUUUCUCUCGAUUGGCAUUGCCUUUGACCGCUUUGACAAGGAAGAAUGUUAAGUUUGAGUGGUCAGAUAAAUGCGAGCAAAGUUUUCAGGAAUUGAAGAAAAGACUAGUUACAGCACCUAUUUUGGCACUUCCUGUAACAGGGAAGGACUAUGUGAUUUAUUGUGAUGCUUCAAGGCUAGGAUUAGGUUGUGUGCUUAUGCAAGAUGGGAAUGUAAUAGCUUAUGCUUCAAGGCAGUUGAAGGAGCAUGAGUGUAAUUACCCUACCCAUGAUCUUGAGCUAGCAGCAGUUGUUUUAGCACUAAAAAUCUGGAGACACUAUUUGUUCGGGGAAAAGUGCCAUAUUUUCACAGAUCAUAAAAGUCUGAAGUAUAUUUUUGAUCAAAAAGAGCUAAAUCUGAGACAAAGGUACACUUCAUGUAUGUGUUUGACUAGCUGUGUUUGACUAGCCUAGGAUCCGAUGUGUUUUGUGGCAUGUACAAUAGUUUAUAUACUAGAUUGGAAAGUUCAUCACAUGAAAGUUUUAAGCAGAGUCGACAGAUACAGGUACAGAAUAACGUUGUACGUCGGCUUCACGCCAUCUUUCGGUCUAAGGUAGCAGGUAGUCCGGGAGGGGGUGUGACAUCAACAGUGUGUAUCAACAACAUAUCAAGUGUUUACUAAUAAUAUGUAUCAAUGAAGUUUUGCAAGUGAUUAAGUGCAUUACAUCUAUCAAAUGUAUUAGCAAACAAACAAGUGUAUCAACGAUAUAUAAAGUGUAUCAUUCUUAGCACGUCAAGUGUAUUUAAUCGAUUAAGUGUAUCAAUAGUUGAGUAAAGUGUAUCAACAACAUAUCUUCAAACUAAUAAUAUGUAUCAACGAAGUUUAAUAAGUGAUUAAGUGUAUUAAAUCUAUCAAGUGUAUCAGCAAACAAUAACAAGUGUAUGAACGAUACAUAACAUGUAUCAAUGAUA